AUACAGAUCAUGUUGGGAAUAAAACUACUAUAAGGAUGACUUAUCCAGAGGGAGCUCCAUUGUCUGAUCUCGAGUAUUAUUCUAAUGAUUUGUUUGUUACUGUUUUAUUUAAGAGUGUUGACUUCGACUGGCUUGAAGCAAUGUUAAAAAAUGAAACAAUGCCACUUUGGGUACGACUGUUCUUUUGGAAGCACGUUGCGGAGAAAAUACCACUCCAAUCAAAACAGUUUCGGAUUCUGAAUCCAGUGAUCGUUAAAAACACUGCCAUUGACAUGCUCCACUUCUCAGAACCCCAGCCCAGGAUCUGGGGCUGGAGUAAGAACGUGCCCACCAUGGGGGUCGUGGCCGUCGUCCUGGCCACUCAUCUGUGCGACGAAGUCAGUUUGGCCGGUUUUGGCUAUGACCUCAGCCGGCCCAAAACCCCGUUACACUACUUUGACAAUCUCUGCAUGGCAGCGAUGAACAUACAGACCAUGCACAACCUGACGACGGAAACCCGAUUUCUGCAAAAGCUGGUGAAAGAAGGCAUUGUGAAGGACCUGAGUGGAGGGAUACACUGUGAAUUCUGAAGAGGAUGGAAAAAUGCAGCCCACCCAUGCAAGCGGGGAGAGCCUCGUGGGAACGGGACUCUGCGAGCAGGUUGCCGACCGCAUUCUUCUUAUCUGUUAUUGUGUUAACAUUUUGAAAACUAGCUGGAGUUGUCUUUUUCUUACUCUUUAGCAAAUAUUCAGUUUAUUUUCUUGUGUUAUUUAUUUGAAGUCAGUGUUUGUUUUGGCACCACAUUUGUAUAUGUUAAUUUUAAGAACUGAACUUAAUUGGAAAGAUUUUUAAAAUAAUUUCUGUGAUAUGGUCUUAUUCAGAAAUAAUUUACCUUU